UUAGCAGGUAAGGGUUUCAAAUUGAUUCUGGCAAAGUCCAAAGAUUAUUGUUAGAGAAUUUACUCCUGUGUGCAUUACUACAUAGCAAAUUUGUUGACGUGGGUUGAAUAUUAUCACUUUGUUAGACUUGUUUAGUUAUACCUAUUAGAAGAAGAUGACUGAAACAGCAAAGAUCUCUAAAGAGGAGAUAGAAGAGCUUAGAGAUGCUUUUUCAAAAAUUGAUACACAAGAGAGCGGAUACAUUAAUUCCAGUAAACUCCAGGAUCUCUUCAAAGAAGCCAGGCUACCAUUGCCAGGUUACAAAAUACGAGAAAUAGCAGAACAACUAGCAGCCUCUGGAGAUAAGAGUCAGGACCAGAUCAGUUUUGAUGACUUUAUUUCAAUUUUCAACGACCUAAAGAGCAGUGAAGUUGCUAAAACAUUUAGACAGCAAAUCAACNAAAAAGAGGGAAUCUGUGCUAUUGGUGGUACUGCAAACUCCAGUGAAGGAACACAGCACUCAUACUCAGAGGAAGAACGCUUUGCCUUUGCUAACUGGAUCAACAAGGCUUUGGAGAAGGAUCCAGACUGUAAACAUGUCAUUCCUAUGGAUCCCAACAGUGACACUGACCUUUUCGCUGCUGUUGGUGAUGGCAUUGUCCUUUGUAAAAUGAUCAACCUAUCAGUACCAGACACCAUUGAUGAGAGGACAAUCAACAAAAAGAAGCUCACCCCAUUCACCAUACAGGAAAACUUGAAUCUGGCUUUGAAUUCUGCUUCAGCAAUUGGAUGUCAUGUUGUCAAUAUUGGCGCUGAAGACCUAAAGGAGGGAAAAGCUUACUUGGUGUUGGGCCUUUUGUGGCAGGUUAUCAAAAUUGGUUUGUUUGCAGACAUCGAACUAAGUAGAAGCGAAGCCCUGAUUGCCCUGCUCCGAGAUGGUGAAAGUCUGGAAGAUCUUCUGAAACUCUCCCCAGAGGAACUGCUGCUACGUUGGGCUAACUACCAUCUGGAAGGUGCUGGAUGUAAAAAAGUGAACAACUUUAGCUCAGAAAUUAAGGAUUCAAAAGCUUACUUCCACCUUCUCAAUCAAAUUGCACCAAAAGGUGAUGAAGAGGGAGAACCUCCUAUUGUGCUUGAUAUGUCUGGUAUCAAUGAAAAGGAUGAACUCAAGCGAGCAGAGUGCAUGCUCCAGCAGGCUGACAAGCUUGGCUGCAGACAGUUUGUUACGGCAACAGAUGUUAUCCGUGGAAAUCCCAAGUUAAACUUGGCAUUUGUUGCCAAUCUCUUCAACAAAUAUCCAGCCCUUCGCAAGCCAGAGAACCAGGACAUUGACUGGAGUCUCCUGGAAGGUGAAACAAGAGAGGAAAGAACAUUCAGGAACUGGAUGAACUCACUUGGUGUUUCUCCUCGUGUGAACCAUUUGUAUGGUGACCUGGAAGAUGCCUUGGUGAUUCUGCAGCUCCUUGAAAAGAUCAAGGUUCCAGUAGAUUGGAGUCAAGUGAACAAACCACCGUAUCCUAAACUCAGUGCCAAUAUGAAGAAACUUGAAAACUGUAAUUAUGCAGUGCAUCUGGGGAAGAACAAAGCCAAGUUUUCACUUGUUGGGAUUGCAGGUCAAGAUCUGAAUGAAAGCAAGCACACACCAAUUCUGGCCUUGAUGUGGCAGUUAAUGAGAAGGUAUACACUGAAUAUUCUUGAGGAAAUUGGUGAUGGAGAAAAGGUCAAUGAUGAUAUCAUUGUGAAAUGGGUGAAUGAGAAAUUAUCAGAAUCAGGGAAGAACUCAUCUAUUUCAAGCUUUAAGGACAAAGAAAUUAGCACGAGCAUUCCUAUACUGGAUCUGAUUGAUUCCAUUCAGCCUGCAUCAGUCAGGUAUGAUCUUGUAAAAACUGGAGACCUGACAGAAGAAGAGAAACUUCAGAAUGCCAAGUAUGCCAUCUCAAUGGCAAGAAAAAUUGGAGCUCGAGUCUACGCUCUUCCAGAAGAUCUUGUUGAAGUAAAACCAAAAAUGGUUAUGACCGUCUUUGCAUGUCUGAUGGGUAGAGGAAUGAAGAAAGUCUGAAAAAAGAAAACGCAGCAAGAAUGAUGAAUUCUAUUCGUCUGAUCCUACUGUGGAUUCAAUUUACAAACCCAGGACAUUGCUCACUUGAUCUGCUUUGUACCAGAAUCAGAUCUUGGUCUUUUAAUUCAGCUUUGCAACUGCAGGGAAAAAAAAUCAAGUUGAUGGAAUAAUGUUCCGUGGUUUUUCCAUCUCAUGCAAAAAGAAACCUAUAGCAAGGUGCUUACUAGAAUGCAUGCUGAUAGACUUGAGCUGAAGAAUUGCUAUUCGUCUGUGGGAUUUUUGCACUAAAUAUCCAAAGUAGUUUCCUUUUUGGACAAAUACCAAUAAAAAGCAGCAAAUGAUGUUAUUGGUGUAGCGUAUUGUUUAUCGUUCAGCAAUACUAUGCCUUGGACCAAACAUUUUCUGGUGCAGUAAUCUUCGGACGAAAGUUAAGACUAAUAGCUAAUGCUAUAUUAUGAAAAUUGCUCUAGUACCUGCAGCUAAUUUGCUUUAAUGCCUUACUUAUACCAAAACAGGACAUUAAUUGUUGUGGUUUGUAUAACCCUUACACAAUCUUCUCCACUUAAAAAUUGUUUUAUCGAAAAAUCAGUUCCCAGUUGUGCAUGUCAAAGUUCCUGUGGUAAUUCCUGUUCUGGUUCAGCAAUAUAAAAUGGAAGCUAACCAAUCUAGUCCUUAAAAUAAAUGUUUGAAUUAGCUCAAAGGUACCCCAAUGCCAGAAAAAAUAACUGCACUUCAUUGUAUUAGCUAAAUUUUAUACCCAAAAAUAGGUUUGGGUGGGGAAAUGUUUUUAUAUUUUUGUUUAUACACUUCCUAUUAAAUUGAUGCUAGCUAUUGCCAAAAAUGCUGUUAAUUUAAAGUACUUGCAAAGCUGAAAAGCAAAUGAUAUAAAUAUGCCGAUGAACUAAAAAUCAGUUGAUAUGUUGCCAAUAAAAAUACAAAAAAUGCA